AUGGCCAAACAAGUCAAUGGCGGUGAGAAUUUAUUGGCGUUAAGUCCUGAUGAUCAAGCAUUUGAAUUUGCCCUUAGAUACCAGGACAUCAGUGGCCAAUAUGAGCAGAAUGGCGAUCCGGCCGACCUAGAUGAGGCAAUCAAGCAAAUUGAACAAGCGGUUGAUAUUGGGAAGGGCCAUGUUCACACGGCAGGAUAUCUCAACAACCUUGGGCGAAUUCUUCGCCUAAGGUUCGAAAGGACAUUCCAAGAUGAGGACAUCAGGAGGGCCGUCGAUGCUUCUCGGCGUUGUCUCGCUGUGAUGAUCCCACAAUCAACGCACAAACCACUGUUCCUGGCCAACGUAAGUGACACCCUCGCCGUUCGCUUCUUCCAGAAAGGCCUGUAUGGAGACUUAGAAGAAUCCCUUCAGCUAGCACGCGAUGCAGUUGAGGCUUCAUCUGCCAUCGGCCAGUAUCGUGGGCCUGCCCUUGAGGCCCUAGCGAGCAGGCUUAACGAAUUACACCUUUAUGACGGAGGCAUUCAAAGCCUCUCGGAUGCAAUCAGCAUUGGGAGGACACUAGUGGAUGAAAUCACUGAAGAUGAGACGGCCCAUGCCGUCUAUUUGAACAAUCAUGCUUGUGGCCUUUCAUCGAGACACAGCAUGCUUAACCACAUUGAAGAUCUUGAGGCAGCCAUUUGGCACACUCAAAAAGCUAUUGAAAAAUUACCAGCGGGUCACAUAAUGCGCGUUCGAAUCUCAGCCAACCUCAAUCGUUACUUGCACAGACGGGCCCUGCAGACUAAGUCACUGGCAGACCUUGACCAGGGCAUCGACGGAAAUGAAAAGCUUCUUAGGGACAUUCCCUUCGACCACCCCCAACGUCCGAUAAUCAUGAUCUCUUUGGCUUCCGCACUUCGAGAUAGGUACAGACAAACGGGGUCACUCGAACAUUUUAAUCGAGCCAUUUCUCUGGUGGAGCAAGCGACUGCUAUCAAGCAGAUGCUGCCCAACUUCCGAGCUACAGCUCUACUGAUCCAGAGUGAACUCUUGGAGAUUAGGAAUGAGCCAGGAGAUCUUGCUACCGCCCUAACGCUCAACCGUAAGGCCUUAAAGAUUCCUGUCGGAUGUCUUAUGGAUCGUAUUAAUAUUCUUGUUGGCCUGAGCAAUCGGCUAGGAACCGUCUUCUCUUCGACUGGUCUUCUAUCCGACAUCGAAGAAGCUAUUAGCUUGGCCCAAGAAGCCGUGGAUUUGGUCCCUCCAAGCCAUCCUGGGAGACCAGGCUGGCUACAUAACAUCGCACAGCAUUUACGAUCGAAGGCAGAAGUUGCAGAGCCGGCCGAGUGUCUUGGUAAGGCGAUUGACCUAGAAAGACAGGCUAUUGGAUCCGUUGGCAUAGACCAUGUCGACCUCCACUUCUUGUUGGGCGGUUUAAGCUCGUGUCUUUCCGCAAGGUAUCGCAUGACUGGUACCACUGGUGACCUCGAGGAAGCGAUUCAUGCUGGACGAGGUGCUGUAGCCGCCACCAAGAAGGGGAGCACGGAUCACCUAGCUUACCUGAACAAUCUGUGCAAUCGUCUCGUCACACGAUAUGACGAAUCGAAAAACCCAGCUGACAUAGAGGACGCGAUUGCAGCCAUAUCUGAGGCCCUCACAGUGUCUCCAAACGAUGCAGUCUAUGUAUCGACACUUGGAAAUGCCUUGUUCAGACGAUAUGAAGUAGCAGGAGACAAGAAAGAUCUUGAUGAGUCCAUUUGCUAUGCUAAAAAGGCCAUUCAGCUGCACCCAAGGACCGACGUUCGUGGUAUUGGUUGUCUUCACAAUCUUGGACUCCGUCUGGCAUUCAAAUUCACUUUAUCAUCGAAAAAAGACUUCGAAGCGUUAGAGUCUGCACUCAGGAUCGCCCAGGAGUGUGUCGACGCAACUCCAACUGGUCAUCCGGCACUGUCGGGUUACCUUUACCAGCUGGGUCUCUGCCUCACCCAUCAAGUUCAGAGAGACAUUUCGAUAGACAGACUGGAAGAGGCGGUUAGAGCCUAUGAUAUGGCGUUGUCCGCUUUUCAAAGAUCAUUUAGUGCAGCUGGCGCAACUCCACGAGCUCGGAUUAGGGCCGGAAAAGCCCUUGCCGCCGGGCUUCUGGGGAACAAAAAUUGGGCAGAAGCAUACCAGGUCUUGAAGGUAACGGUCGAACUAUUUCAAAAGGUCAGCUCACGUUCAUUGGCGGGUGAGGAUCAGCAACGUAUGCUAAGCGGAUUUUCCGGUAUCUCCGCGUGGGCUGCCAGCGCUGCGUUGUACGCGGGGCUGGGACCUGCGCCUGCACUUGAGACCCUCGAAGCUGGUCGCGGGAUCAUCUCGAGCCUUGCUAUGAAUGCCAGGAACGAUGUCACAGAUCUGGCCUCGGUACAUCCAGGGCUGGCUUCCGAGUAUGAGCAGGCUCGGGCUGCUAUUGCUUCUGCAGGGUUGAACAGUGAAGAUAUAGGUGAAGCCGGGCUGAAGGCUCAUAUGUGCGACCUAGCGAAGUUGCAACAGCAAAAGGUAGCGAGACUCGAGCAGGUGGAGGCAGACAUCCGAUUGCUGGAAGGCUUUGAGAGGUUCCAGCUCCCACCUACAUCCGGACACUUGGUGGACUUGGCCAAGCAUGGACCUCUUGUGUGUUUCAACGUCACCUGCUAUCGCAGUGAUGCUUUCAUGGUCACCUCGUAUGGCAUACAAUCGAUCAACUUGCCAGACUUACAGCUUGCGACCCUUGAGGCGAAUGUCCAACGUAUCAUGGGACCGGACAGACUGUCGAAAUCGAGUAUUCUGGAGAGAUCGAAGAGUAACAAAGACAUGCGACUGAUACUUUGUUGGCUUUGGGAGGUGGCUGUCCAACCAGUCCUGCACAAGCUCGAGCUCCUAGCGCCUGAUGGCGUCUCCCAAUUACCCAGAUUGUGGUGGGUGACUAGCGGAUACAUGGGCCUGAUGCCUCUUCAUGCUGCGGGAGAUUAUGAGAAAGAGAAUUCCAAGGAUUGUACAGCCCAUUACGUCGUUUCGUCUUAUAUUUCGAAUUUCAAGGCUCUGGUAUACGCACGAAACCGGGAAGGCAAAGGGCGACACCUGGAUACGAAGCACCUGUUGGUUGUCUCCAUGCCAACGACGCCGGAUGUUAGGUGGAAGCCGCUGAACGUGGCAGGGGAGAUUGCUGCCAUCGAGCGAAGUCAUCGAGGUACGCAGAGAACGCAAAUAGAACUUACUCUUCCCUCUGCACGUGAUGUUUUGGAAAGGCUCAGAAGCCAUAACAUUGUCCAUUUUGCAUGUCACGGCGACCCAGACGCUGAGAACCCUUCGGAGAGCUCGUUGAUUCUUUGCAGAGACCCAGGAGCCAUCGACCGUUUGACGGUAAAACAGGUCUCUGAAAUCACCAAUACUGAGGCGCAAUUGGCCUACCUCUCGGCCUGUUCUACGGCCCAACAUUACUCGUCCGGUCUGAUGGAUGAGGCCAUUCACAUGGCCAGUGCCUUUCAGCUCAUCGGUUACCCGUCCGUCGUUGGUACUCUUUGGGAGGCUGAUGAUUCCGCCUCGGCGAAGGUCGCAGAAGCUUUCUACGAGCAACUCGCGAUUGUUGGAGAUCAUGUCAAGACUUCUGACAUAGCAGCUCGAGCGUUGCAUUUUGCAACGUUGACGAUUAGGGAUCGUAGGAGAGGCAGAGUCCGGCGCCCAGAUCAUGAUGCGAUUGGAUGGGCACCCUUCAUACACAUCGGCGCUUGA